ACACUACUAAUGGGGAAAAAAAAAUUAUAAUAAAAAAAUAAAAAAAAAAUCCAUCGGUUAUUCUUAUGGGGUUGACCGGUAAGAGCGGGUGAUCUGAAUGGGACGCAAACUGCUUAGUCGGUGACCCAGUUCAUAUUUUUUGAAACGGAGAAAAAUAAAUAAAUAAAAGCAUAAACUAUUACCAACCCCACCUCGAAUCCUUCGACUAAUAAAAUAAGCUAAAAGGAGGUUUUUCUUCAAUCUUCGUCUCUUCUCUGGACCAGUUUUUGGACAUUCUCUGUUUUGCUGGUGGAAUGGAUUCAGAAUCUGCAAACUCAUCUUCUCCACCUCCUGCUGAAGCUUCUGUUGCUGAAACUGCCGACUCAUCUUCUUCACCUCCUGCUAAAGCUUCUGUUGCUGAACCUGCUGCUCCUGCUAUCCCUGAGCGACAGAGUUCUUCACAGGAGUCACCUACGUUAUCUACUUCUGGCAUAUCAUCUUGGGCCAGAAAUCUUAAACUUCCACAGCCAUUAGCACCAGCGCAAGAGAAUCCACAGACUGAAAAUGCCACGAAGUCACCCUUUGCACGUCUUGCCAGUGGGUUUGGACUACAUUUGCCUGCAAAAGAUUCUGGGGCAAAUGAGAAUUCUAAAGGCAUUUCAACAACUUCUCAAUCAAGUAUUAUUGAAUCAUUUGCAAAAGGGUUAGUUGACUCAUCCAUGAGUGCAGUCAAGGCUGUGCAGGUUAAGGCACGCCACAUUGUCUCCCAAAACAAACGACGAUACCAGGAAGGAGGAUUUGAUCUGGAUAUGACUUAUAUUACUGAGAAUAUUAUUGCUAUGGGAUUCCCUGCUGGUGAUAUGAGCUCUGGGUUUUUUGGAUAUGUUGAGGGGUUCUAUCGAAAUCACAUGGAAGAAGUGAUCAAGUUUUUCGAAACUCAUCAUAAGGGAAAGUACAAAGUGUACAAUCUUUGUUCAGAGAGGUUGUAUGAUGCUUCAUUAUUUGAGGGGAAGGUUGCCACUUUCCCGUUUGAUGACCAUAAUUGCCCCCCAAUUCAACUCAUAACAUCGUUUUGUCAAAGUGCGCACUCAUGGUUGAAGGAUGACAUUCUAAAUGUGGUGGUUGUUCAUUGUAAAGCUGGUAUGGCAAGGACAGGAUUAAUGAUUUCAAGCCUCCUCCUUUUCUUAAAGUUAUUCCCAACAGCUGAAGAGUGCAUCGAUUAUUAUAACCAGAAAAGAUGUGUAGAUGGGAAGGCUCUAGUUCUUCCAAGCCAAAUUAGGUACGUGAAAUACUUUGAGCGCCUCUUAACAAACUUCAAUGGUGAAAAUCAACCUGGACGUAGGUGCAUUUUAAGGGGAUUUCGCUUCCACAAGUGCCCAUACUGGAUUAGGCCUUCCAUUACUAUUUCUGAUCAUAAUGGAACUCUUUUCUCAACAAGAAAACAUCCAAAGACUAAGGAUCUAAUGCCAGAAGACUUCUGGAUUCGUGCGCCAAAGAAAGGGAUUGUGGUCUUCGCUCUACCAGGAGAGCCUGGUCUGACAGAGUUGAUGGGAGAUUUCAAAAUCCAUUUUCAUGACCGCCAUGGAGAAUUCUACUGUUGGUUGAAUACAACAAUGAUGGAAAACAGGAUAAUUUUAAAAACAUCAGAUCUUGAUGGGUUUGAAGAGAGGAAAAUUCCUUGCCCUGGCUUCAUGGUUGAGAUUGUGAUGAUAGACUAUGAUGGUACUAUUCCAACAAGUAACAAAGCUGGUGAUGCCGGUGUCCAAUCUGAUGGAAAAUCGGUUAACGCUUCUGCCUCUACGGAUAGGGCUGCAUCUACUUCCGACCAAAGUGAGGUAUCUGGAAGCGUAGACAAUGAUGAUGUAUUCUCUGAUAGCGAUGGAGAAGAAAAUGUGUCUUCGAAGAGCAGGAAAACCCGAGCAGCUUCUGAACAAUCUGGUACCACAGUGGAGCAAAUGGCAACCCUAACGCAAGGUACUCAACAAAUGUCCCUUGGGAGCAAGGACCUAGCACAGACCAAUAAUGCUUACGGAGAAACAAAAACUGAUGGAGUGGAAAGGUCUGACUCGAUAACGAAGGUGGACUCGGGGGUGAGUGAUAUCAAGGCAAUUGCAGCUGAUGCAUCCGUUUUCUCUUUUGGAUGUGAAGAAGAUUAUGAAAGCGAGUGAAGUAGCAAUGAGAUACAUUUGGUGCCUGGUAAUGUAAAAGAGCAACUUAUAGUCAGACCAUCUGGAACAAAUGAACAUGUAUUAUCUAUUUAUUCAUUCAAGAUAUAUUUUUUUCUUUC